UCAGUCUGAUGGGAAGGAGUGACUGGGUCUUCCUGUGUUAUAAACACCAAGUUUUUAUUAAUUUCAGGAACCAGUUAUUGCAUUAUUCAGCUUAUCUCCGUUAGUGUUAGCAACGUUUUAUGUACAGAGAUCUUAUUUUUUGUAGUAUUUUUACAGUUUGUCCCUUUGUAACUGGAUACCAUGAGUGGGAACAGAUUUAUAAAAUCUAGUGAAUUAUCAUAGAAUUAUAGAAUCAAAAUUUGUGUUGAAGUAACCUCCAAAGGCCAUCUAGUCCAGAGAUCACCUAAGAACAGGACUAAUCAGAUCAUGUUGCUGCAGACUGUGUUCAUGUGAGUUUUGAACCUCUCCAAGAGCAGAGAUUCCACAACCUUUCUGGGCAACAUUUUCUGCUGUUUAACCAGCUUCAGAGUAAAUUUAUUUUCCUGAUAUCGAAUCAGAAUUUCCCAUGUUCCAAUUUGUGUCCACUUCCUUUUUUCUCUGCACUGUGCACUUCCAAGAAGAGCCCAGCUCCAUCUUUUCUGUAUCCUCAGAUCAGAAAGUUGUAGAAAAGAAAAAGGUCUUGGCAGGCUCUCUCUUUUCCAAGCUAAGCAUACUUGAUCUCUCAUACUGUCCUAGUAGAUCAUGUUCUCCAGCCUCAUAACCAUUUUCGUGAUACCUGCUGGACUUGAUCCAGGAUGUCAAUAUCAUUCAAUAUCAGUGGGGAGCCCAAAUUGGACACAGUAAUUCACAGUCUUGCAAGUGCCAAAUAGAAAGGAAGAAACACUUACCUUCACAUGCAGCUUUAUGUUCAACCUUGCUGUCCACUAAGAUUCACAGAUCCUUUUCUGCAUAGCUUGUUUCUAAAGAUCCCCUAGGCUGGACUGAUGCAGGGCAUUACUCCCUCCCAGAUGUGAGGAGUGCACUGACUGCUCCUCACAGGUUGGUGUUGGGUACAAACUUGCCAAGAGUGCACACUGUCCCAUCAUCCACACCAUCAGUGAAGGAAUUAAGCAGUGCUGAUCGCAAUAUUGAUUCCUGUGGGACACCCACUAGUUGCCAGUCAACAUCCUGACUUUGUUAAACACAACUCUGAUUCUGGCCACACAGCCAAUUUUCCACGUUCCUUCUCCACCCUAUAAAUCACCAGUUUGAUGAGACUAAUGGAGACUGUUUCAGAGUCCUUACUGAAAUCAGAGAAUACCAUAUCCAUUGCCCUUCCGUUGUCCACAGCACCAGUCAGCUGAUCGUAGAAAGCCGUGAAGCUGGCCAGGUGUGAUCUGCCUCUGGUAUACCCAUGCUGGCUGCUUCCAGCUACAUUAUCCUUUGUGUGCUUUAGAAAUGGCUUCUAAGAUAUUUUACUCCAUAUCCAUCCCAGUGUCAGAGAUGAGAUUGACUGUCUUGUAUUUCCCUGCAUCAUUCUCCUUGCCUAUCUUGAAAGCAGUGUGAUGUCCGCCUUUUUUCCAGUCAUGAGGAACUUCUGACUGCCAUGACUUUGAUAGAAAGCAGCAUAUUUCUGUGAUCAGUCAGCCAACACCUUUGGGUGCUUCCUGUCUGGUCCCAUGGAUUUGCGUACAUCCAUGUGGGUUAAGCGAUCCCAAACACUGGCUUUCUCUGCUGUGGGUUAUGCUUCGUUCCCACAGGCUCUGCAAGGAGCUCAAGGACCUGUGAGCCCUGACGACAGAUCUUACUAGCGAAGACAUCUUUUUCUGCAUCUCUUGACACAAGUCCCUGGCCUGCUGAGCAAUGGACCCACCCUCUUCUUAAACUUUCUUUUGCUAUUGAUAUAUUUACAAAGCCCUUCACCUCCCAUAAUUGUUUCAGCUCCUAAUGAGUUUUGGCUUUCCUGACUUCAUUUCUACAUGUGCAAGCAAUGUCUUAGCGCUCCUUUCAAGUAGCUGGUCCCAGUUUCCAUCUUCUGUAUGCUUCCUUUUCGUGUCUGAGGUCACUCAAGAGCUCUGUGUUCAUCUACUCUGGCCUUCUGCCACGGUUGCUCAACCAUCUGAACAUUGUUCUUGUGCUCUGAGGAGGUUGUCCUUGAAGAUUAGCCAGCUCUGGGCCUUUGCUCUGCAGGGUAUUUUCCCACAGAUCUUGCCAAGCAGGCUCCUGAAAUCUUCACAUCUACAGUCUACAGCUGUAAUUCUGUUUUUUGUCUUGCUCACUCCUCUCAGGUUCUGAAACUCCACAGUCUUGUGCUCACUGCAACCAAGACUGUCCCGUCCUUGAUUGUCAUCCCACAGUUUUUCCUUGUUUGUGAGUAGCUGCAGCUCUUUGAGGGGAUCAGGCUCCACGUAAUUCUUUAAUUCUGUAACUCUCAAAUUUCUGGAACUGAAGAGCUUAUUUUUCCCUAUGCCAUUGUCACCACAGAGGAGUUACUGAAAGUGCGUGAAAAAGGAAACAUGUCUGCAAAUGUUAUACUACAGAAAGUUCUGUUCCAACUUGGGACAGAAAUGUAACUUGGGGUUGAUUUUUUCCUGAAUCCAUAUAUGUUGAUGCUCUUUUUCUUAAUUAAAAAAACAUCCUGAAACCAAAGAGAAGUAAAUCACUGCAGGGCUUUCAGCUCAUUGUAUUAUAUAGUGGGAGAAGAGCGACUAGAAAAAGAACAGAAGAACUGAAAAAAAGCUUUUAAAUAGUUUGAUGUCCCUCACUGAUAAUACUCCUGGCACUUCUUUCUGCCUAUUUGGGGAUUCAUGAGAUAGGGGAAAAAGAGAACGAAAGCCCUGCUGCCCAUCUCUUCUCUCUUCCAAUGCGAUAUGUGCUCCAGUACCAGCCAACAAGAGCCAUGGCUGGAUGGGCCUUUCCAAGCCAAAGCCAUGCCUCAGUGUGAUGUUGUCCCUGAAGCCCUAGUUCUGAGACUGUUGUUAACAAAGUGGUAAAGCAGUUGUUUCUUUGAUGACUAAAGAAGAUGCUGUAUAUAGCAAAUGUUCCCCUGUAUCAUCCUAUUCUUGCCUAUUGGCCAAAAUACCAUUUUUGAUCUGGUAUUACUUCUUAACUGACAGAAUAACUGAAACCUGUACCUCAGCAUGCUGCAGACUAAAGAGCGUGGAGAAAGGAGAGAAUUAGGGAAGCAGGGAAAGGGGACUGCUGGAGCACCAAGGUACAGGCAAUGGCUGGCAUUGUACAAACCAAAGUGAUCUGCAGAGAAACAGCAACAAGUCUUCACUGCUACACUGAUAAGUUCAUUUUGUUUCCUGUAUAUUAGGUAAAAAGGAUUGCAAUCUGUAUCUCCAUUAGCAUUUAGAUUGAAGCAAAUUUUUUGUUGCUCUAUAAGAAAAUAAAAUUUAAACAUUCUUUUUAGAAGCUCUUUCUAAUACCUUAAAAGGCAUAAAGUUAGUAGAAACAAUUUGCAGGGUAUGUUAGUAUACUAUCUGAAUAUGUCUGUAAGCAGAUAUUUGGCUUUUACUGGGAUAUUUGUAGAAAAAAAUGAUGAAACUGUUCUGGAAGUGUUAUUUUUUUCUUUGCUAACUUUUGCUGAAAGUUUUAUCUAAACUAGUGAUACUCCUUUAGAAGAACCAUAAAAUGUUAGAGGCCUAAAAUGAGCAUAAGCUGCGAUAGUUAUUGGACAAUUUUAAGUUGUCUGUAGAUCUUGGAGAUUUACAUGAUGGAAACAAUGGCGCUUGUCCCUUGCUCUGAAGGAACAGCAGAACUUGUGCAAAAAAAGUGUAAGGAGAGGUUUACAUACAUGAGGAUGUGAUUUUUAUUCAUCUUCAGUAGCCAGAGGUAUAAAUAAUGGAAUGGUUAUGCACGUGACUGCCUGUGGUGAAUAUUAGAUCUGUAUGUAGCCUGAGUAUUUGUUGUCUGACAAAUGUUUUUACCCUUUUCUAUUUGUGAUUGCACAAUGAAGUGACUCAGAUCUUCCAGCCAAGUGCUCCAUGCCUGAGGAAAUACACACAAGCUAAUUGAUUAAAUCACCUCUUUCACAAGCCAGGUAGUACUGGUCAGUGGAAGGACGAGCAAGCAGAAGAAAGAGAAAAUACUGACUGAAAGUACUUGACACCAUAUGUUGACACCACAUUAGUAUAUAUAAACAAUAGUUUAAAUACUACAUAAUUUAUUAUUUUCUAUUUUGACCAAUUUCAGAACAGAUGGGCCUAGACAGUUGUUUUCCAUCUGUUCUUCCUAGCAGCUACACAUUUCUUUCUUUCUUUCUUUCUUUCUUUCUUUCUUUCUUUCUUUCUUUCUCAGUACAAAUUUGGUUAUGAAUUUUAGUCCUGUGGAACUACUGGAAUAUAUUCUUCACUGGGGUAUCUUGUCAGGUCCAUCUGAAAAGCCAGUGCAGAAACAGCAUGUCACAAAUGCAGCAACCACUGUGAGCUCAGCAUCCCAGUGCCUGAGGUCCUCCACCUACAGUUAACACUGCCCUCUGCUUUGUCCCUAAAUUAAAUUAGAGUGAUACUUUUAACCUAUGACACUCAAAAUAGCUCAAGACAUGGUUAUCUGAGAGGCCACUCCCUGUGUGAUACUGCUGAAGGUGGCAGCAAUUGGCUGUAGUCAAGCUCUCAGCUCCUUCUUUUAAAAGACAGUGCUGUGGCUACAGAGGGUUUUCUUGCAGCGUCCUCAAUCCUGUGGUCUGAUACAGCAAGACUCCUCUUUUCAGCCUUCAGAGAAGAGGUUCUUUAAAAAGCAAAGACGAUGGUGAAGAUUUGCUGUUCUCUUCUCCUCUUAAGUUUGCUCAGUGUGCAGCUAAAAGCCAACCCCGGACUCAAAGUGAGAAUCACUCAGAAGGCCUUGGAGUAUGCCAAGAAGGUUGGGUUAGAGAUCCUGAAGAAGAAUAUGGAGAAGGAGCAAUUCCCUGAUUUGACUGGCUAUGAGAGAUCUGGGCUUGGUAAUGUCAACUACAACAUCUCAAGAAUAAGAGUCACUGCUGUCGAAUUCCCCAACGUUUCCAUCUCCCUCACACCCAGGAGCGGGAUAAAACUGAUGAUUAGAAAUGCUUCUCUCACCAUCGAUAUGAACUGGAAUAUAAGGACUUGGAUGUUCAAAGACGGUGGAAGAAGCAUAGUGCACAUUUCCAAGGUGUUUGUUACUGCAACCUUUUCAACACCCCUGGAUAGUAUGGGUCAUACUUCAAUAUCACUUAGCAGCUGUCAUACAACUUCUGGUGAUACAGACAUCAAGUUGAAUGGAAAAAGUGGCUUCCUGCAUGAUUUCUUUAUCAAAUAUCUGAAGAAACCCAUUCACAGGAACUUGGCCACUAAUUCUUGUCCCAACAUCAGAUCUGGGAUCCAGUUGAUAGCUAAGGACCUCCAAUCACUGAAUGUCCCAGUGCGAAUUGAUGAUUUGGCUGAAAUUGAUUACUCCUUAAACAGCUUGGAAGUAUUCCGACCAUACAUUGACAUGGACUUAAAGGGGAUAGUCUACCCAGCUGGAAAUUAUACUGGCCCUCCCUAUGUGGCAACUCCCUUUGCUAUCCCGGACCAAAGUGACUCCAUGCUCUACCUUGCCUUCUCCGAGUAUUUCUUUCAGACAUCCUUAUUUUCUUACUACACAGCAGGGGCCUUCAACAUCACCAUUGCAAAGGAAACUUGCAGAGAUUUGAAUAUAAGCACUGAGAUGUUUGGUAGUAUCAUCCCCGAGAUAGCCAAAUACUCCAUUAUACCGUAUCCAGUUAUGAUGAAGCUAAUAGCCACUGAAAUACCUCUCAUCAGCUUGCAGCAGGAUUCAUUUACUCUAGAGAUUCAGGAAUCCAUGGAGGUGUUUGCUGUUCUGCCAGACUCAACCACUCAGUCAUUGUUCACAGUGAAUGUAGCAGCCAACAUCAGCAUAGCUCUGAAUGUCUUUAACCAGAAACUCACAGGCUCACUAUGUCUGAACAGGCUCCAGUUCUCCCUCGCCCAUUCCAAUGUUGGCUCUUUUGAGAUCUCAUUUCUGGAGAACAUCCUGUCUUAUAUUUUACAAACUGAAGUAAUUCCAUCAGCCAAUGUUAAACUAUCCAAAGGAUUCCCUCUUCCCAAUUUGGCCAAUAUUACCUUCACAAGGCCUCGUGUUACAAUCGCACAGGGAUAUGUGUUGAUUUCUACCGAUGCUCACUACAAGCACUGAAGGAGAAAAAUCACCACCUGUUAGGCAUGAACCUCAAAUUAAUAAGGGACUAAUAAAGCCUUGUCUACACACUUCUUGUGUCUGUCUUCCUGAAAGGUGCCGCCGCCUCUCACAAGAAGUACAUUGUCAGUUCUGUGAGUACAGCUCUACGCAUUGAGCAGGCUAGGGCGCUCGGAGGGACAGUGGCGCAGCACGGCCUGCGCUUCUCUGCAUCCCCAGCGACCCGGCUCGCCGCACCCAGCCCUUCCCCGCGUCCCUCAACGCGGCUCUCGG